ACGAGGCCGUACUGGACGGCAACCAAAUAUCGUAAACUUUGGAUGUUCUUUACUGUGGAGCGAAUAUUGAUUUCCUACUGCACAAUUUCCUCUCAAAAUCGGUUUAUCGACGUUUAUCCAGGAACCACACUUGCGUGGCACUGGCAUGCAUGCGAGUCCCGACGUUAACGGUACCAGAAGUCUUAUACGUACUCAGUAGGCUACGAUAGAAAUCAAUGUACUGCAGCUACGGGUACUUAUUCAUCGAGAGUGCACAUAUUGUACGGUACUACGCGCGGAUCAGGUACUGACCGAGAUAUGGAUGAGAAAGCAUGCUCUAUAGCGCUAGCGCUGUGGAUUCGGAUGGAGCUGAGCAAUCCUGCGCUUGCAUCAUUCAAAUCCCUGCUAGGAAAUGGUGAUUCUAGAAUUUCCCAGUUUACCUUUCCCGUAAUCCGUAGUUCUUCAAGAUAUCGACAGACUUUGGCCAUAGUACUUACUUAGGUAUACGCAAGCUGCACGAGCUACGUUUUUCGUCAGCACUAGCUGCUGAUCAUGAUUAUCUGAUUGUCAAAACAGCUUAUUCUAAUCUUCUCCCGAUGAUUGUAUAUUUUUCCAAUGCGGAUCACUUUUGAGACGUCGAUCAGUAUUUCUUCCCAAACUGGAUAAAUUGUUCACGACUGUUACUAUAUUCCAGGAAGCAGUGAGAAGUACUGCAUGACGGUGACCUUACCUGAGACAGCUAUUCUAGCUUUUUAAAGACUAAUAUUCAUAACCAUGAUCGGCAAACCAACGUGCGCCACAUCACGUGUAGCAUUCUUGAUGGGGCGAAGAAUGGAUGAAUGCGUUCCACUGCAGUCACCUGUGCGAUCGCCGUCCCAUGCCGGGUCUGGGAGUUCGGGAUUUUACGAGAUAUCCCUUUCACCCACAGAAUCCGCAAGAGACAAUUCCAUUGUUAGCGCCGAUGUCGUUGUUCCCCCUCCAAAACCACCACCGCCACCCGGUGACCAUCAACCGGCAACGAAAAAGCCAUCACUCAAGAAAAAAGACAGUAGCAGUAACGUUUACGAUGGCGUCAUUCACAUGGGCUACAUCUGGCACUAUAACCAAAAUCCAGAAAAAAAGCUCCAGGAAGAAUCCAGCUGGAAGAGCCGGGAAGAACGCUACGGGCGCAUGCUGCGCCUGGAUCCACGGUGCGGGCGGAAUAACUGGAAGCGCUACUAUGCGGUCAUCUGGGAUGACGGCCGCUUUGCCUGGUACAAACCGAACAAAGUGUCCUUAUACAAUAAACGUGCCGGUGCCGAGCUGGAGGAAGUCCUCUUCAUUCCAUGGCGGGUAUGCGCAUUUGGUCCGGAUGUCAUGCAAAAAUUAUGCUCGCAGCAGUUAGAUCCGGAGCGGUCGCAGCUGGAUGGUACGGAGAGGACCAGCACCAGUGAGCCAUCCAGUCCACGCCUGGUCAAUGUGACCUCACAAGGAACACUGGCGGCCUUCUUCGAAACAGCCACCAAAGGCCUGUGUGUCUGCAGUUCACCGUCGGUGAUUUCCCUGGUCGUUCCGCCAUCGCCGUCGACGGUGAAAGAAGGUGAUCCGGCGUCAGAGGAACUGACCUGCAUCGUCCCGCGACGGACGCGGGAGUCGCUGUUGUUCGCGGUGGGCGGCCAUGAAUGGGGCCGGGGCGAUGUCUACUGUUUUGCCACGGAAGAGCAGGAGGAUUUGGAUCUGUGGAAGGAAGCGUUUGCCUUAUUGUCACACCGGAAAACUAUACAGAAAAGUGCGUUUGAUCAUUUGUUGAAUACGCCGGUUGUUAUUGCGCUUCCUGGAGGACCAUCGCGGUCGUACUGAUCGCAUCUAAUUUUCCUUACCGGAUUCAUCGAUAUUUACAAUUAUAGCUGUACAUACAUUUACAUAAUAACAAAAGCUGUCAUGAUUUUAACUGGUACUGUAAAAUGCGAACUUCUGUUUGCUUCCCGGGCCGGGCCGGGCUGCUGCUGCGCUUCACUGCACUCCGUGUAACGCUCGCACUGCGGCAUUGCUUUGCAUGUUGUCUUACUUACGCUGUUACGCAUGUGACAUUGAUAUAAUCCUCUUUACAUAUUUUCAACUUUGAGUAUAUCUUUAGUGUCUGUAACUUACUUUUAAUUUAGUUCGCGCUACCAGUAUAUUAAUUCACUAUCUUGUUAUCUCCUUUUCGUGUAAAUAAC